CUAGAUCUCAUCGCCUCCAGCCCGGACGCGCCCGGGCGCCGCCGAUGCCCGGCUGAGUCACGGGCCGGGCAGGGCGCGUGUGGGAAGGGGCGGAGCAGUCCGAGGGCGCUCGGCGGGGUUCGGCCCGGGCCGCAGGUGACCCGGACGGCCUCGCCGCCGUCCGCUGCUCCCGAGCCCCGGCUGACCUGGUGCAGAGCCAGAUGCCGCGCGGCCGCUGACUCGCCGGAGAAGGGCGGAGCGCGCGGGUGGUCCCGGCCGGCUGACUUCGCCGCCGCGCGCUCCGGGCACCGCAAGGUACAAACUCCAGCCGCGUCCAGCCCGCACCCACCCUCUCUCGGCACCUCUGCUUUCUUUGUUCCACUAAGGGAACUGGCUGCCGCUCCGGAGGGCAAGAACACCGAGGAUAUUUGUGGAGAGAAAUCAGACGGUUUAGUGGGACGCCUGGCAUGUGGUUCACUGAAAGGCAGGAACCAUCUCCCAUUUCCAUAGUGUAAGCAGAGUUAUGCACGUAUUAGUUGCUUGAUCGGCUUCUCACAAUGAAGGCUCCCACGGUGCUGGCACCUGGCAUCCUGGUGCUGCUUUUGACCUUGGUGCAGAGGAGCCGCGGGGAGUGCAAGGAGGCCCUAGUGAAGUCGGAGACGAACACGAACGUCAAGUACCAGCUUCCCAACUUCACCGCAGAAACUCCCAUCCAGAACAUCGUUCUGCACGGGCAUCAUAUCUACCUGGGAGCCACGAACUACAUUUAUGUUUUGAAUGACAAAGACCUUCGGAAGGUGGCUGAGUACAGGACCGGGCCCGUGUUGGAACACCCAGAUUGUUUUCCUUGUCAGGACUGCGGCAGCAAAGCCAACGCAUCAGGAGGCGUUUGGAAAGACAACAUCAACAUGGCCCUUCUUCUCGACACGUACUACGACGAUCAGCUCAUCAGCUGUGGCAGCGUCCACAGAGGGACGUGCCAGCGCCACGUCCUUCCGCCCGGCAAUGCUGCCGACAUACGGUCCGAGGUUCACUGCAUGUUCUCUCCACGCGUGGAUGAGGAGUCGGGCCAGUGUCCUGACUGCGUAGUGAGUGCCCUGGGCGCCAAAGUCCUUCUGUCGGAAAAGAACCGGUUCAUCAAUUUCUUCGUGGGGAACACGGUCAAUUCCUCCUACCUCCCUGACGGCUCGCUGCAUUCCAUCUCGGUGAGGCGGCUGAAGGAGACCCAGGACGGCUUUAAGUUCUUGACAGACCAGUCCUAUAUUGACGUCUUACCCGAGUUCCGAGAUUCCUACCCCAUCAAGUACAUCCACGCCUUUGAGAGCAACCAUUUUAUUUACUUCCUGACCGUCCAAAAGGAAACCCUGGACGCUGAGACUUUCCAUACGAGGAUCAUCAGGUUCUGUGCCGCAGACUCCGGGCUGCACUCCUACAUGGAGAUGCCCCUGGAGUGCAUUCUGACGGAGAAGAGAAGGAAGAGGUCCACCCGGGAGGAAGUGUUUAAUAUCCUCCAAGCCGCCUACGUCAGUAAGCCGGGGGCCAGCCUCGCUAAGCAGAUAGGAGCCAGCCCCAACGAUGACAUUCUCUACGGGGUGUUCGCGCAGAGCAGGCCCGAUUCUGCCGAGCCCGUGAACCGCUCCGCGGUCUGCGCCUUCCCCAUCAAAUACGUCAACGAAUUCUUCAACAAGAUCGUCAACAAAAACAACGUGAGGUGCCUCCAGCAUUUUUAUGGACCCAACCACGAGCACUGUUUCAACAGGACCCUGCUGAGAAAUUCAUCAGGCUGUGAAGUGCGCAGUGAUGAGUACCGGACAGAGUUUACCACAGCUUUGCAGCGUGUUGACUUAUUCAUGGGCAAGCUGAACCAAGUGCUCUUGACCUCCAUAUCAACCUUCAUCAAAGGUGACCUCACCAUUGCUAAUCUAGGGACAUCAGAAGGUCGCUUCAUGCAGGUCGUGCUCUCCCGAACAUCACUUUUCACCCCUUAUGUGAACUUUCUCCUGGAUUCCCAUCCUGUAUCUCCAGAAGUCAUUGUUGAACAUCCUUCAAACCAAAAUGGCUACACUUUGGUUGUCACAGGGAAGAAGAUCACCAAGAUUCCACUGAAUGGCCUGGGCUGUGGGCAUUUCCAGUCCUGCAGUCAGUGUCUCUCUGCGCCUUUCUUUGUACGGUGUGGCUGGUGUCACAAUCAGUGUGUGCAUUCCAAUGAAUGCCCCAAUGGCAUGUGGACUCAAGAGAUCUGUCUGCCAGCAAUUUAUAAGGUUUUCCCUACCAGUGCACCCCUUGAAGGAGGAACAAUGCUGACCAUAUGUGGCUGGGACUUUGGAUUCAAGAAGAGUAAUAAAUUUGAUUUAAGGAAAACCAAAGUUCUCCUUGGCAACGAGAGCUGCACCUUGACCUUAAGCGAGAGCUCGACAAAUACGUUGAAAUGCACAGUUGGCCCCGCGAUGAGUGAGCACUUCAACGUUUCUGUAAUUAUCUCAAACAGCCGAGAGACAACACAAUACAGUGCAUUUUCCUAUGUAAAUCCUGUAAUAACAAGCAUCUCUCCAAGUUAUGGUCCUCAGGCUGGAGGCACACUACUCACCUUAACUGGAAAAUAUCUAAACAGCGGGAGUUCUAGACACAUUUCAAUCGGUGGGAAAACAUGUACUUUGAAAAGUGUAUCAAAUAGUAUUCUCGAAUGCUAUACCCCAGCCCAAAGUAUUUCUGCUGAGCUUCCUGUGAAACUGAAAAUUGACUUAGCUAACCGGGAGGCAAGCAGCUUCACUUACCGGGAAGACCCCAUUGUCAAUGAGAUCCACCCGACCAAAUCUUUCAUUUGUGGUGGAAGCACAAUAACGGGCAUUGGAAAAAACCUGCAUUCAGUCAGCAUCCCAAAGCUGGUAAUAAGCGUCCAUGAAGUGGAAACGAACUACACAGUGGCAUGUCAGCAUCGCUCUAACUUAGAGAUCAUCUGCUGUACCACUCCUUCACUGGAACAGCUGGAUCUGCAACUCCCCCUGAAGACCAAAGCCUUUUUCCUGCUAGACGGGAUCCUUUCCAAACACUUUGAUCUCACUUAUGUCCAUAAUCCUGUGUUUAAGCUUUUUGAGAAGCCAGUGAUGAUCUCAGUGGGCAAUGAAAAUGUACUAGAAAUUAAGGGAAAUCAUAUUGACCCUGAAGCAGUUAAAGGUGAAGUGUUAAAAGUUGGAAAUAAGAGCUGUGAGAAUAUACACUGGCAUUCCGAAGCUGUUUUAUGUACAGUCCCCAAUGACCUGCUGAAACUGAACAGCGAGCUAAAUAUAGAGUGGAAGCAAGCGGUCUCUUCAGCUGUCCUUGGAAAAGUGAUUGUUCAGCCAGAGCAGAAUUUCACAGGAUUAAUCGUUGGCGCGGUCUCAAUAUCAGUAAUAGUUCUGUUGUCAUCCGGGCUCUUCCUGUGGCUGAGAAAAAGAAAGCAUAAAGAUCUGGGCAGCGAAUUAGUUCGCUAUGACGCAAGAGUACACACUCCUCAUUUGGAUAGGCUUGUAAGUGCCCGAAGUGUAAGUCCAACUACAGAGAUGGUUUCAAAUGAGUCUGUAGACUACAGAGCUACUUUUCCAGAAGACCAGUUCCCCAACUCCUCCCAGAAUGGAGCAUGCAGACAAGUACAAUAUCCUCUGACGGAUCUGUCCCCCAUUGUGACUAGUGGAGACUCUGAUAUAUCCAGCCCGUUACUACAAAAUACUGUUCACAUUGACCUCAGCGCUCUAAAUCCAGAGCUGGUCCAAGCAGUUCAGCACGUAGUGAUUGGACCCAGUAGCCUGAUUGUGCAUUUCAAUGAAGUCAUAGGAAGAGGGCAUUUUGGCUGUGUCUACCAUGGGACGCUGUUGGACAGUGAUGGCAAGAAAAUUCACUGUGCUGUGAAAUCCUUGAAUAGAAUCACGGAUAUAGAGGAAGUCUCCCAGUUUCUGACUGAGGGAAUCAUCAUGAAAGAUUUCAGUCACCCCAAUGUUCUCUCACUCUUGGGGAUCUGCCUUCGGAGCGAGGGGUCCCCUCUGGUGGUUCUGCCCUAUAUGAAACACGGAGAUCUUCGAAAUUUCAUCCGAAAUGAGACUCACAACCCAACUGUAAAAGAUCUUAUAGGAUUUGGUCUUCAAGUAGCCAAAGGCAUGAAAUAUCUUGCCAGCAAAAAGUUUGUCCACAGAGACUUAGCUGCAAGAAACUGCAUGUUGGAUGAAAAAUUCACUGUCAAGGUUGCUGAUUUUGGUCUUGCCAGAGACAUGUACGAUAAAGAAUACUACAGUGUCCACAACAAAACAGGUGCAAAACUGCCAGUGAAGUGGAUGGCUUUAGAGAGUCUGCAAACACAGAAGUUUACGACAAAGUCAGAUGUGUGGUCCUUUGGUGUGCUUCUCUGGGAGCUGAUGACAAGAGGAGCCCCUCCUUAUCCCGAUGUGAACACCUUUGAUAUCACUAUCUACUUGCUGCAAGGCAGAAGGCUCUUGCAACCAGAAUACUGUCCAGACCCCUUGUAUGAAGUGAUGCUAAAAUGCUGGCACCCGAAAGCUGAAAUGCGUCCAUCCUUUUCUGAACUGGUCUCCAGGAUAUCCUCAAUCUUCUCCACUUUCAUCGGGGAGCAUUACGUCCAUGUGAACGCUACCUAUGUGAAUGUCAAAUGUGUUGCUCCGUACCCUUCUCUGUUGCCUUCCCAAGACAACGUUGAUGGCGAGGUGAACACAUGAUGGAGGCCUGCCAGCCCCCUUCUGAGAAACAGAGCCAGCCCAAACAACAAUCUAUACCUUCUCCAACAGUUCUCACUGCCUGGCCUUUGAGAGGUCACCCAACGUCUCUGUUGUUAUUGUUCUGUUUUUAUUUUUGUUCUGCUUUUGCCAAAACUGCACCACUAUGAGGCAUUAACUCGCUGCUUAAAUCCCUGAACUCUGAGGAAUUUCUCCUCUGACAAUGCACCAGAAAGAGAAGCCUGGCCCCACAGGUUGGUCGUCAAUGGCAGCCAGCAGCUUCGACAACACUCCUGCUCAUCGGAGUCUGAAAUCUCAGUGCUGGGUUGAAGUUUUUAAAAUCACUUUUUUUUUUGUGAGGAAAUGAUACAAUGAAGUUUGAAGAUUUCUCAUAGAAAACUCAGAAGAGAUGACCUCGUGCAGGACAAAUGUGGUGGCUCCAUCAGGCUGCUUGUUGGAAUUCCGGUGUUUUUAAAAUAUUUUGUUGUGUUGUGGUGGUCAUGAACAUUUUCCAUUUCUGACGCUGUCUACCCAUCAGGCAAACAUUCCUUUUUAAACUUUUAUAUACACAUUCCUUUGGUUGGAGGAAUAUCCACAGACAAUGCACUUAUUUCCAAAAUAGCAUGACAUGAGGUGUGUUUUCUAAAUUAUCAGGGAUUUUAUGUAUUGUACAUAAAUGACAAUAGGGAGAUUUUUCAAGAAAUAACUUUGUUACAGUAAAAUAUUCAUCUUUUAAAACGUGGCUGUUUAGCAAGGAAUGGUGGCUCACACCUGUAACCCAGCAUUAGGGAUGCUGAGGCAGGCAGACUAUCACAAGUUUGAAACCAACCUUGGCCACAUAAUGAUUUACAGUCCAGCAUGGUCUGCAGUGUGAGAUCCUGUCCCAACAAACAAAAAUUUGAGAAAGUUUUUUUUUUCCGAUAUAAUGAAUGUGAACAAUUAAAUUUUUAUCUGUUUUUUAAUGCAACUCUGAAAACAAGUAACUUGUGGUGAUAAAUCUUUUUAAAAGCAACUCAAUAUGUUUUUAAAGGACAAUAAAACUGUCUGAAAGAUUCAGUAUUUCCAGCAUUUCUUUGUUUAGAACAAAGAAAGGGUCAAUGGACUAGAAAUAUCUUUCUCAGGUGGAGACUUCUCACCUAAAACAAUUGGAAACAACACUUUUUGGGGAGUCUCUUUUUUUGCAUUGGGACAUAUUUUAGGUUAAGCAAAAGCCUAUUUUAGAAACAAGUGAAAAGUCAGUUGAACAUCUUGGAUGAAUAGCUACUCUGGACAGGACUUUGGACGUGUUUUGCUCUGUGGAACUUUGUGCUUACUACUGUAUAGUGCAUGUGGCUUAGGUUACUUUAGCUGGUUUUGUCUGCGUAAACAUUGAAAGUAUUAUAUUUUUAUAGAAAUGUUUAUUUUUAAUGAUGUAAAAAAUUUUCGUUAAGCCACAGAAAUACUGCACUGUGAAUGUUUCAAAAGAGGUAUGUGAGACUUGGAUCAACAGCAGCGUGAUUUUUUUUUAAAUGGCUGUAAAUUGUGAUAAGGAAAUGCACUGAUUGCCAGUACACCCCACCCUCAUUACGUCAUCAGGACUUGAAGCCAAGGGUUAAUAGAGCAAGCUAUGACAUGGGUGUGCUCUGCUGAAACGAAAUAGUUGAAUCUGGCUGUCGUUGCAGGAAAAUGAUGGCAAUCAACAGGUCUUUAUGGUGUUGGAACAUAUCAGAACACAUAAGGAACUGUAGUCCAGAUUUAUUUCAAAUCAAAUGUUACCACUUCAUAAUUAUGAAGGGUAUUACUGAGUCACAGAGCACUGUCAAUGGUGGACAGCAAGAAAAAGAUCUGCUCUUUAGGAAGAAGUUAACUGUCCUUAUGAGGUCAAGAAAAGGAAUACAUUAAGAACAGAAAGAGCUUUGAGAAACACCUAUACUUGUAUAUUAUACAUACUAGAAAGCUGCAAUGUGAAAAUCAUGUUUUCUAUUUAUGAACCUUCCUAGGGUAAUGUGUGGACAGAUUGUGUGAGUAAAUCAUUCUCCUAAGAGUUAUAUACUUGUCACUGCCUAUACCUGCAGUUGAGUUGAAUGGUACUUUGUAUGUUAAUAAUUGUUCUGAUAAAUCAUACAGUUAAAAUAAAGUGACGUGACAUCUUGUA